AUGGAAGAUCUGAUGAAGGCUUUUAUUAUUAAGACAGAUGAGAGGCUUGACACCCACGGUGCAACUAUCAAAGAACUGGGAACAUCAUUUCAAAACCUGGAAAGACAAGUUGGGCAACUAGUUACUCUAUUGUCUAAGAGGGUUCCAGGAAUGCUCUCUGUUGAUACAGAAAGAAAUCCAAAAGAGACAAUCAAUGCAGCGUCUUUGAGGAGUGGGCACAAGUUGGAGGAUCCCAUAGCAAAGCAAAAGGAUGAGCCGAUUGAAAGACAGGUAGAGAUUAUGGAAGAGCAGAAAAAUGAUAACAUUCAAAAAGGUGCAGGGCUGGUAGAUGAUGGUCUGGAGAAGAAAGGGAAGAUGAGAUCUCAGAAAAAGAAGAAGGAUGAUAAUACAACAAAUAAUGAGACUGAAGAUAGCAAAUACAUACAUGCUCUACCGUUCUCCCAGAAACAAAGACGAGAAAAGCUGGAUAAACAAUUCGAGCACUUUCUAGAAGUGUUCAAGCAGGUGCAUGUGAAUAUACCUUUCACAGAGAUGCUUUCGCAGAUGCCAGUAUAUGCCAAAUUCAUGAAGGAAAUAUUUUCCAAGAAGCGAAAAGUGGAAGAGACAUUGGUUGUCAAGUUGACAGAGCAUUGUGCUUCCAUUAAUCUUAUGCCCUUGUCUAUUUUCAGAAAAUUGGAGGGAAAAAUUGGAGAGAUCAGGUCGGUACCUGUGUCCUUCCCGCUAACGGAUCAGACCACCAUCAUACCUGACGGAAUCAUUGAAGAUGUGUUGGUUCGGGUGGAUAAAUUUAUGUUCCAUGUGGACUUUAUUGUGGUCAACAUGGAGGAGAAUAGGGAGGUCCCUUUGAUUUUAGGAAGACCCUUCUUGGCUACAGGCAGAGCAAUUCUGGAUAUUCAGGAAAGGCAUCUAAUGCUCAAAGUGAUGGAUGACCGACUAAUUUUCAAAAUGGAAGGAGAAAUGAGGGCCCUGAAAGAGCAAAUUGGAAAGAGUGAAGCUGCUAAGUGUGGGGUGUACCCAAAGAAGGCUGAAAAGAAGCUCUCAGCAUGGAUGUGUGCACUGGGUCAGGCGUGCAAGGGAGAUCCCGACGAUUCUGACCCCGACUAG